AUGGAAGGAGGUGAAGGGAGCAACCAGUUUCAUGCAGGUGGAGAGAAACUCAACACACAAAAUGAUCAAAAUGAUGAUUCUCCUCGUGAGAUGGUCAGGCCAUCUACAUCGUUGAAUGCCUCUAACAACGAUGCUUCUGCUUCUGCUUCUGUUCCGGUGAAAAGAGGACCUGGUCGACCACCAAAGGGCCCAGAACAAAGGCCGAUGAAGUUGAAGAGGAGUGACGCAAAUCAAGGAACCGGAAACAGCGAGAUUGUUAGUUCCUUGAUGAUGCGAUUUGACGCUGUGAGAAGGUAUCUGAGCCAAUCCAGGCCUGGGAAAGGUGAGGUUUUUGUGGCAGUGGACACAUUCAAGAAACUCCAACUGCGGACAAACACAACCAAGAGAGUUGGCUCCGUUCCAGGAGUUAACGUAGGAGAUAUCUUCUUCUUAUGGGGAGAAAUGGAACUCGUGGGGCUGCAUGGAGUCCCGAUUGGGAUUGAUACCAUGGGUAAAAACGGUGUAGAUGAUACACCGUUAGCUAUCAGUGUUGUCUCCUCGGGAAAGAACGCCGACAAAGGUGACGAUCCUGAAACCUUGAUCUUGACAGGGCUCGGUGGUACGGGCAAGACUUCUGGUCAAGCAUCUGAUCAGAGACUUGAGGCGACGAAUCUCUCAUUAGAGAAAAGUCUAAGGGAGAAAAGUCCUGUGAGGGUUACAAGAGCUGUGGAGGAUGUAAGAAGGACGGCUGGUAAGAUAUAUAUCUAUGAUGGUCUUUACACCAUUACUGAUAUGUGGGACGAGAAGAGUGAAGCUGGUUUCAAGGUGUUCAAGUUCAGGUUGUUGAGGGAGCCUGAUCAGAAAAAUGCUUUUGGGAUUUGGAAAUCUGUGGAGCAGUGGAAGAAAGGGCUGGUGAAGAGACCAGGUCUUGUUCUUGAAGAUCUCUCUCAUGGAGCUGAGAAUCUAAAGGUAACUUUGGUUAAUGAGGUUGAUGAUGAGAAAGGUCCUGAUGCUUUUAGUUAUAUCACUUCUUUGAAGCAGUGUGACAUUACUGUUCCACCUAUGGUUGAGUUAUGCACUUGUCAAUCAAGAUCUUGUUCUGUGGAUUGUGUUUGCAUCCAGAGGAACGGAGGGGAGUUACCAUACGUUGAGAACAUUUUAGUCACCCGUGGAGAGAUUGUUUACGAGUGUGGUGAUUCUUGUCCUUGUUUUGCCAUCUGCAAGAACAAGAUGAUUCACACCGGGCUGAAGUUCAGUUUAGAAGUGUUUAAGACAAUGGACUGUGGCUGGGGUUUAAGGUCUUGGGAUCCGAUUCGAGCAGGUAGUUUCAUCUGUCAAUAUGCUGGUGAGAUUAUAGAGAAAGCUGGCGAAGAAGAUGGUUAUGUAUUCGAUACUUCUAGGGUUUAUAAACCGUUUGAGUGGAAUUAUGAGCCUGAGCUUAUUGGGAGGGAUGCUUCAGAAAAAGUCCUUGAGAGGAUUGAUGGUUUACCAGCAUUUGUGAUAAGUGCCAAGGAAUCAGGGAACGUGGCUCGGUUCAUUAACCAUAGUUGCUCUCCCAACGUUUUCUGGCAGACUAUUGCUCGUGAAGAAAAGGGUGUGUGGUGUCUUUACAUUGGAUUUUUUGCUAUGAAGCAUAUUCCUCCAUUAACGAGUUGA